AUGUCCACAACGUUAAAGAUCUUCACCUACAUCCCAUUCAAACCUGUCUCCUUCCCUUCCCCUGCCGAAUCGCUUUUCUACAAAUCGCUUCUCGACAGCCCCUACUCUACUCACGAUCCUGACCACGCGCACUUCUUUUUUAUUCCUUUUUCUCCCGAUACUUCCACGCGCUCUCUUGCGCGUUUGAUUCGCACGCUCCGUUCUCAGUUGCCCUAUUGGAAUCGGACUCUUGGCGCUGAUCACUUCUUUCUCUCGUCGCCUGGCGUUCGCUAUGCUUCUGAUCGGAACAUUGUCGAAUUGAAGAAGAAUGCUAUUCAGGUCUCCGGUGGGCCCGUGCCGGUUGGGAAUUUUAUUUCUCAUAAGGACAUUACGUUGCCGCCGGUUUUCGAUUCGUCGGAGUUUUCUUCUUCUUGGAUUCCGGCUCCGGCGACGGAGAGGGUGUUGGGUUUCGUCGGGUAUGGGUGGGUGAGAGAUCGGGUUUUGGUGAAGGAGUUGAUUGAGGAUCCCGAGUUUUUCAUGGAGUCUGAGCCGCCGCCGCCGUCGGAGAGGUGGAACUACGGGGAGAGAUUGGGGAAAAGUGAUUUUUGUUUGUUUGAAUACGGCGGUGGGGGUGUUGUUUUGAGGAUUGGGGAGGUGUUGCGAUAUGGGUGUGUGCCGGUGGUUAUUUCUGACCGUCCGAUUCAGGACUUGCCGUUGAUGGACGUGUUACGGUGGCAGGACAUGGCGGUGUUCGUCAAUGGCGGCAAAGGAAUUGAAGGAGUGAAGAGAGUAUUGAGGCGCGUGGAUGGGGAGAGUCUCGUAAAAAUGAAGAGACUGGGUGCGGCGGCGGCACAGCAUUUUGUGUGGAACUCGCCGCCUCAGCCGUUGGAUGCUUUCAAUACGGUGGCGUAUCAACUUUGGUUGAGAAGGCACACCAUCAGAUACGCCGAGAGAAAAGAGUGGGCCCAGAGUUGA